AUGUCACAAAAUCGACCCGGGUUGUUUCCGAGUUUGCGCAUGGGUGAGGUCAUUCGGGAGAAGGUCCAGGAUGGACUGACCGGCGAGUCCAAGGAGAUCUCCUACACCCAGUGUAAGAUCGUGGGCAAUGGUUCAUUCGGCGUCGUGUUUCAAACCAAGAUGGCUCCCAGUGGCGAAGACGCUGCUAUCAAACGAGUCCUUCAGGAUAAGCGGUUCAAGAAUCGUGAGCUGCAGAUUAUGCGGAUUGUGCGCCAUCCGAAUAUUGUCGAACUUAAAGCCUUUUACUACUCCAACGGCGACAGGAAAGAUGAAGUCUACCUCAACCUUGUGCUCGAGUAUGUCCCAGAAACGGUGUACCGCGCAUCGCGUUACUUCAACAAACUCAAGACCACGAUGCCUAUGCUAGAGGUCAAGCUCUACAUCUACCAGCUCUUCCGGUCGCUCGCCUACAUCCACUCACAGGGCAUAUGCCACCGUGAUAUCAAGCCCCAAAAUCUUCUUCUAGAUCCCGCUACUGGUAUCUUGAAGCUGUGCGAUUUCGGUUCCGCCAAGAUCCUCAUCGAAAAUGAGCCCAAUGUGUCGUACAUCUGCUCUCGCUACUACCGGGCGCCUGAAUUGAUUUUCGGCGCAACCAACUACACAACAAAGAUUGACAUUUGGUCAACAGGUUGUGUGAUGGCCGAAUUGAUGCUCGGGCAACCCCUCUUCCCCGGUGAAUCAGGCAUUGACCAGCUAGUCGAGAUCAUCAAGGUGUUGGGCACCCCGACUCGGGAACAAAUUCGCACCAUGAAUCCGAACUACAUGGAACACAAGUUCCCUCAGAUCAAGCCUCAUCCCUUCAACAAGGUCUUCCGUAAGGCACCACCGGAGGCUAUUGACCUCAUCUCCGCCCUUCUGGAAUACACUCCGACACAACGAUUGUCCGCUGUCGAGGCAAUGUGCCACCCUUUCUUCGAUGAGCUCCGCGACCCGAACACCCGGCUACCGGAUUCGCGCCAUCACAACAGCCCCUCCAAGGAUCUCCCCACCCUUUUCGAUUUCUCACGACAUGAACUUUCGAUUGCCCCUGAACUCAACGACCAGCUGAUUCCCCCCAUGCUCGCCCUGCCCUCGAAGCUCGCGGCCUCGGCCUUGACACCUUCAAACCUCUUGCCAAGGAGGAGAUGA